AUGAACAUCUUCUACUCUGUCAUAAAUUUAUCUCGUUUGCAUAAGAUUUAUCUCAGUUUAAUAUUUGCGGAACAAACUUUACGAGUUUUUGCAACGGUUUUCAAUAUGUUGUUGGCUCCUGAUGAAUUAAACAUUAAACAUUGGCCAUCAAAGGAUCCAAGUAGGCUCAGUGCUACGUCAUCGCUGUCCACAUCACAAACUCGUGACGUCACAGAGUGCCGGCCAUAUUGCCAAUGCCGAAUGUCAAAUCAGUGGGAUGGUCUAAAAAAUAAUCUAAUUGUUUAUAUUAGUUUUUAACAAUAUUUAAGUUUUAAUAUCGCGGCUGGACGGUUAUGUGUGAUAUUCCAAAAAAUAAACUGUGCAGCUAUUAUCUUUUCGUCGAUUUUUAAUGUCAUCUGUCAAACUGUAAGGUGUUAAAAACAGUUCUUUUUAGUGUCAACUGCCUAAUAUAAAUUGUUGUUAACGUUGCAAUGGACAUUGCGUGAAUUAUACGUGUGUGAUAUUAACAGACUUUAACCUGAAUUUCUGUGUUGUGUCCAGACUAAAUAAUCACCAUGAAUGCUUCAGAGCAUGGAUUUAAUCCUGCUUUUAACAUGGCCACAAUUAAACAAGUUGUUAAUGAGGCUAUUGAAAGAGUUCGAAUGCCGACUCCUAUGCGACUGAGGGACUUAAUUAGGCAGAUAAGAGCAGCAAGGACUGCUGCUGAAGAACGUAGUGUUGUUAAUAAAGAAUGUGCCUACAUUAGAUCGACAUUUCGAGAGGAGGAUUCAGUAUGGAGGUGCCGAAACAUUGCAAAACUCUUGUACAUCCACAUGCUAGGAUAUAAAGCACAUUUUGGUCAAUUAGAAUGUUUAAAAUUAAUAGCAAGCUCAAGAUUUACUGAUAAAAGGAUUGGUUAUUUGGGUGCGAUGUUACUGUUAGAUGAACGUCAGGAUGUGCAUUUAUUGAUAACAAAUUGCCUUAAAAAUGACUUGAAUUCGGCUACACAAUUCGUUGUUGGAUUGGCGCUUUGUACAUUGGGAGCCAUCGCUUCCCCUGAAAUGGCUAGAGAUCUGGCGGGAGAAAUUGAGAGGUUAAUGAAAUCGCCUAACGCCUAUAUUCGCAAGAAAGCAGCUCUAUGUGCAUUCCGCAUCAUCAAAAGGGUACCUGAAUUAAUGGAGAUCUUUUUGCCAGCCACGAGAAGCCUUCUUUCUGAAAAAAAUCACGGUGUAUUAAUAACAGGAGUGACACUCAUAACAGAAAUGUGUGAAAAUAGUCCUGAUACUUUGAAUCAUUUUAAAAAGAUCGUGCCAAAUCUUGUAAGGAUUUUAAAGAAUUUGAUUCUGGCAGGGUAUUCCCCGGAACAUGAUGUUUCUGGUGUUAGUGACCCAUUUUUACAGGUAAAAAUAUUGAAGCUUCUACGAGUAUUGGGAAUCAACGAUGUAGAUGCCUCAGAAGCUAUGAACGAUAUCUUAGCACAAGUAGCUACCAAUACAGAAACCAGUAAGAAUGUGGGCAAUACAAUUUUAUAUGAAACUGUUUUAUCAAUAAUGGACAUCAAAUCCGAAGGAGGUCUGAGAGUGUUAGCCGUCAAUAUUCUUGGAAGAUUUUUGUUAAAUAACGAUAAAAAUAUACGAUACGUAGCUUUAAAUACUCUACUGAGGACGGUUCAUGUAGACACAUCUGCAGUUCAGCGACAUCGGUCCACAAUCUUAGAAUGCUUGAAAGAUCCCGACGUCUCGAUACGAAGAAGGGCGAUGGAAUUGUCGUUCGCCUUGGUCAAUUCUCAGAAUAUUCGGACGAUGAUGAAGGAGCUAUUAACGUUUUUGGAAAAGACAGAUCCAGAGUUUAAAGCCCAGUGUUCCAGUUCCAUAGUAUUAGCGGCAGAGAGAUAUUCGCCGAAUAAAAGGUGGCAUUUGGACACUCUUUUAAAAGUUUUAGUAGCGGCUGGUAACUAUGUUCGAGACGAUGUCAUCAGUUCAACUAUCCAGUUAAUUUCUGACAGCACUAGUCAGCAGGCCUAUGUCAGUAUUCAGUUAUUUAAAGCGCUCUCAGAAGACCUUCAGAACAGACAGCCUUUGACUCAGGUAGCAGUUUGGGCGAUAGGAGAGUACGGUGAUUUACUGCUUCAAGGAACUCAAGAUGAUGAAAAUGGUGUAACGGUUCCAACAGAAGAAGAGGUCAUAGAGGUGUAUCAAAGACUGUUAUGGUCUACUCAGAACACUGUCAUGACUAAACAAUAUACCCUUAUGAGUUUGAUGAAAUUGAGCACUAGAUUUAAUUCUACUCACAAUAAAAUUCAGCAAAUCAUCAGUUCUUUCUGUUCGAGUUUGCACGUAGAACUGCAACAAAGGGGCGUCGAGUAUUCUCAACUUUUCGGUAAAUAUUCACAUUUGAGACCGGCUUUGUUGGAAAGAAUGCCUCCGAUGGAGAUAACACGGACGCAAACAGAGAAUCAAACAAAUGGAGACAUUAGCGAUUCUGAACCAAGAUCUAAUGAAGAUAGUCCUCAACAUAAUGUAAAUAGUGAUUCUAAUGCCUUAUUGGACCUGUUGGGUGGAGACAGCGGUACAGAUCUAGAUAUAAUAAAGCCGAAUUCGCAGCCUAUCACCACGUCUCUUUCAAACACUAACAACCAGGAUCUCUUAGACUUAUUAGGCCUCGGUCCCAUUUCAUCUACACCAACAACGGAUACAGGUGGCAACAAUAUGGGUUUGAUCAUGGAGAAUAAUAAUAGCAAUGUAUUAAUUAGUAAUCAGAAUUCGAAUUUCUUAUCCGGAGAUCUGUUCGGUGAUAGUAAUACAAGUACAGAAAGGAACGUGCCUACAGUAACUGCCUAUCAAAAAGAUGGAUUAAAAAUAAUAUUUUCUCUAGAAAAAAUACCAGAUAGUAACACUUUAUCUAUAAAUGUCGCUACGACAAAUUGUACGGUAUCCACAAUGACUGACUAUAUAUUCCAAGUAGCUGUUCCUAGGUCAUUCCAGUUACAAAUGUUUUCACCAUCUGGUACGGUGUUGGCACCUAACGGCCAAGUAACGCAAGAUUUUAGGGUAACUAAUCCAAGUAAGGCUGCGUUAAGAAUUAAAGUUCGCCUGUCUUACAUGAUCGAUGGCAAUCCUGUCCAGGAUGAAACAGAAGUUAACAGCUUUCCCGAAAACAUUUGGGAUUGACGGAUAAAAUAUGGCUGAAGCAAUCUAAGGGAAAUCCCAUCUUGUUGAAUAUUUAUAUUUAUAUUAAAGUUUUAAGUCUAUUUUUACUAUAGACUUUCGUAUACAGAGUAAAUCAACUUGAAAAUCGAAAGGUGUUAAAAAUGUUUGUUACUAUUAGCAGAAUCAAUUUUGCAGUUUACUGUAUAUUUACUAUUUAGCUUGGAGUACUUCUGUAAUGUUGAUAUACUACAUUUUUGUUUUUGUUGUAAAUAAUAAAUUUUUUAUUAUUGUUAGACUUAUCGCUGCACUCUUUGAAAACCUGUCAAAAUAUGAAGAACAUAAUUUCACUACUGUCAGAAAAGGACAGUACAGGACAUGAUAACUAUUAUAUCGGAUAAGGAAGAUAGUAAAUCAACUUAACCCACCUAUUGUUAACGUAGAUUCUCCACAGACCCGAAUAAUUGCAGACUACACUGCUAUACUUCGCAACUGCACUCUGGCACUAUUACUCUGGUAUCAGAUAAUAAACGAAACUACCUCUCUCUCUGUGGAAUCAACACAAAUUGAUGAAAACAUAUACCGGGUGGUGAAGGGGAAAACGGGCCAUAGGAAACUCAAUGUAAAAUCCUAAACUGUUGAAUUCCUGCUUCCCUAAUUAUUUUACAUAAAAAAAAUUAAAAACUAUUUGUAGAGGAUUGAAUUCUGUAUUGAAAACAACUGUUAAAAUUGUUCUACGAAUUAAACAUAUUCCAAAAUUUUGUAAAAAUGUAAUACAUUUUUCAGUUUUUCAGCCCAAAAUUAGGCCACACACAGUGCAAUAAUGUGUCACAAUGAAGUUAUUAUUUUCACUUUUUUGAACUGUCAAUAUUUUUAUUUUAUCAUCUAUUGUUUAAAAACAAUACAGUUGAUAAGAUACCCUCAGUUGCGGAGAAAGUAUUAAUAAUAAAGAUUUUUUAAUUCAGUCAAUGGUGUGAGCACUGUCAGUUAAAAAGUAACGUGUGGCCUAACUUUUACACACAUAUCUACUGGGGCAAAUGUAUUAUAUUUUUCAAAAUUUUGGAAUGCGUUUAAAUCGUAGAGCAAUUUUAACUUUUCAUUUUAAUACAGAUUUCAAUCCUCUACAAAUAUUCUCUCAUGACUUUUAAUGUAAAAUAAUUAGGGAAGCAGGAAUUCAACAGUUUAGAAUUUUACAUUGAGUUUCCUAUGGCCCGUUUUAUGAUUCACCACCCGGUAUAUAAACUAACCUUUGCUCCAAAGAGUAAAGACGCAUAUUAACGUAAUUCUUGAACGUUAAUCAUAUUAACGUAAUUAUUGAAUUCAAAGGGACAUAUUAUUAAAAGAAUUACGACAGAUCAAUUACUACUUGAUAUUACUUAACCACUUCCAAUCCUAAUCAUAUUUGUCUCUCCUUCGCUUGUAACAGAUGUGAUGAUAAUUUGGUUCAAACAUCAUACCAUACAAUACCAUAUCAUACCAUACCAAUAUUUUCUGGCUUGAAAAAAUACUUGAAUCAUCAUUCAUAAUUUACUUGAAUUAUUUGACAGUAUGGUCGAAAUACGAUCAGAAAAGGUAACACACUGUCACAAUUAUUCUUUACCGAUUUACUUGCUCAUUGGCCAUAUCUCAUUAGCUUCACAUAAAUCGCUCAAUUUGAUCCUACAAAGGCAUCUGCCAUUUUAAGCUGGCUUUUGUUAUGCCCUACUACCACAAUACUGUUCUUCUGGUGCCGUACGCUAUGCAGAGUGUAGGCGUUCAUAGCUAGUUGGAUUUUGUGUAGGGAACCUUCUUAUAUUGCUUUUGUGUCUGAACCAUGAGUGUCGUUUGCGACCUGGUCCCCUCCUGCCUUCAGUUUUGCUCAUUAUUGACCCACGGAAUUUUAAGCAACCUUCUGAAACACCACAUUUCGAACGCUUCAACACUUAAAGUGACCAGGUGUGGAUGCAGUACAUGAUUAUUGCCAUGUGUAGCAUUUUAGGUUAUACAGUGGAAAAUGGAAGUAAAAAGAGGACCGGGAAGACGACGCAUGUCCUGGUUGAAAAAUUUAAAGCAAUGGAGUGGAAAAACAACAAUAUAACUCUUCAGGGCUGCUGCAGAGUAAAAUGGACCGUAAUGAUUGCUAAUGUCCUUAAAGGAUGAGGCACGCGAAGAAGAGGAAUUUUAAGACGCGAAUACGAAGAUCUCAAGGAGUUUCGCGCUGACAAAGGUAGUUUAUUAAAUCUAGUAAAACUAUUUUUAGCUGUUGCUACCUUCACUAUCUUCACUUCUAUUCGCAGUCCUACUUACUAUUUAACGUAGCUCCAAGAUAUUUAAAUUGCUCAACUCUGUCUAUAAGUUGUUUGUUUUUACUGUGGUUAACAUGGGAUUGUCUGCUGAUUAUCAUUAAUUUCGUUUUUGUAAUGUUAAUGUUGAGUAUGGCAUAAACAUCGACAGCAUCAGAUACGCCGAUGAUAUGGUGUUGAUUGCGGAUUUCGACUUAGAUCUACAGGAAGACGUCUCAUCGACAGGACCAACUCGGUCUGUGAGCAAUUCGACAUGAAAAUAAACACUAAGAAAACCAAAGUAAGGUCAAUGCGACAAAACCAGAAUGUAUCUCAACAUUGCACAAUAAACGGGCACAUUUUAGAAGAGGUCAAUAAAUUUAAGUACUUGGGGUAUUGGAUCAAUAGCAGCCUAAAUCCUGAUCUAGAAAUAAGAUCGAGAAUAGAAGAGGCCAGAAAAUCUUUCGAAAAAAUCAAUAGACUGCUAUAUGAUUCUCGAAUAAAACUCGAAACUCGACUAUCUUUAUCAAAAUGCUACGUCUGGUCGAGUCUUCUUUAUGCAGUUUAAACGUGGACCCUUAAAACAGCAACCGUAAAUAAACUGUAGUCGUUUGAAAUGUGGAUCUACCAGAGAAUCCUCAAAAUUUCAUGGACAUUGCAUACCUCAAAUGAUGACGGGCAGCAUAGAUUAAGCAAAGAACAAGAACUUUUCAACACAAUGAAAAAAUCAUCAUACCUAGGACACAUACAGAGAAACAUAUGCUCAAAAAAUAGUGAAAUGAAAGAUCGAGGGAAAGAGAGGACUAAGAAGAUAAAGACUGCCGUGACUAAGAAACGUCCGACAAUGGACAGGGCUAAAUUUUGAACAGCUAAUAAUAACAGCAGAAGACAGACAAGAGUUUGUAAUUAUAGUAGCCAACCUCCAUUGAGGAGAGGGCAAUUUAAAAAGAAGAAUGUUGAGACCAUACUCCUCUCUUCUCUCUCAUAUUAUUUACUAUUUCGUAUAUUUUUAUGUUGUCUGAUAUGAUAGCUGUCAUAUUUAUAUUGCAAAUUAUUCCUUUUAUUUUGUUACCUUUUUCAUUCUGAUGUGCAAAUUGAAAAUCUUCUUUACAUGUACAGGGUGUCCCCGAAAAUAGUGCGUUUCUUUAAGGUAUGGAUAUAAUGCACAAUUUAGAACAAAAAAGUCCUAUAAAUAACAUUUUUUUCUAAAGUUAAUCGUUUCCAAGAAAAAAAUUACAUUGUUCUCCAUAUAAGUGAAUUUUUAUGUUCAUAAAUUUGAAUGACAUGACAACGUAGCCUAGAAGAACUUGCUGUGACUGUGGAAAUUUAACCUAAUAACCCCUUGUUUAUUUACUUUGAGGUGUGAUUUUUGGGGUUGUUGACAUCGUAGGUACCUACCUGCAAAGAAAUGGAUACGGGUUUGGUUGAUAUUUACAUUAUUUUACUUACCAGAUGCAACUGACCUACAAACUUACUUUUUUAAUCUUUGGAUUUUUGAGUUGCGCGUUGUUGCCAGACUUUAAUUUGCAUAUCAAAAUGUAUUUUCGUUUUUUGGUCCAACGGAUCAAUUUAGAAAAAAUGUUAUAAAACUUUUUGCUCUACAUUGUGCCUUCUACCUAUACCUUUAAGGAACGCACUAUUGUCGGGGACACCCUGUAUAUGUUAAACAGCAGGGGAUGCAGCCCUAUCUCACCUUUUUACUUAUUUCUACUAAUUCUAAUAGGCUAUCGACCGCUUGUAAUCCUGAAUUCUGCCUUUUGAGUCCAAUACACCUGUUGGAUCAUCCUCAUAUCUUUCCCCUUGAGACGAAUCUCCCUUAAUGCCUUUAUUAACACAUCAUGUUUUACAUUGUCAAAAGCGUUUUAGUAAUCGAUAAAACAAAUAAAAGUACUUGUCCAAGUGUUAAAUGAACAUCAUUCUAAAUCUUGUAAUAGUAGUAUUUUAAAAUUUCAAUCAAUUUGAAACACAUGACUACUUUUUGAUUGCUAUCUUUGGUUAGCUCUGUAUAUUGAAAAAAUCAAGAUUUUCUAUGAUUAGAUUUAAUUAUUUUUAGUGAGAAAAACACCUGUAAAUAAUUUUAACAAUUACUUGAGUACUUAAAGAUGCGAGUUUUUUAUAAGGUUACAGAUAUUCCCUUGUUGAAUUUUGCUUUAAUCGAAAAGUGUAUCAGAUUUUAUUUGUUUGAUGUUUUCUUUUACAAAAAGGACAUUUUUGAUUAAACAAUGUUUAAGAAACAAUUAUAUAGGAUUGCAUAGGGAAACUCAAAAAAUGACUUGCAACAAAUUUAUUUAGACCCACUGCAAGAUCAUUCAAGAGUUCAUUUUUACUAACCGCUUUGGUAAGGUCAUUGAUGUAAUAAUAGUAGUCAACAAUGAAAAAUGAAUUACCUUACUACUGUACUUUCUGUUAGUGAUGGGUUGAUAAAUAGCAGACUUCUUUUUUAACUACUCUCUGGUUCUUAGUAUCAGCUACUGCUACCGCCUCCGAAAUUAGCUGCUAUUUUUGUAGCAGUCGAAAACUGUAUUGUAUAGGUAAAUAUCAUUCAAUCUGUAAUGUACAUCUACCAAAAUAUAACAAAAAUUUUAUUUUCUUUGUGUUCAAAAUACACUUGAUUUAUAAAAAAACUAUUAAGCAGAAAACAGAUAUUAAAUACUUACAUUAAAAUUAGCUUCACAUACAUGAAGACUUUGAGAAAGAACUAAAAUGUGUUUAGUGUCCUUUCAACAUGCGUGUAGCCACUUACUCCGUUUCUUAUCGACUGGUAAUCUAAUAAAUAUUUUUUAUGUUGUUCUGAAGCUAUUUCCUUGUGGCAUUUUUAUGAUUAAUUAUUUAUAUGGGAAAUAAGCCACAAUUAAAAUGAAAAAAAUAAUUUUAUUAACGUUUCGACGCCCAAAUCGGGUGCCGUUGUCAAAAUACAAAAUAUUACUAAAAUAAACUAAAGUGUUGUUGCUAUGCAAAAAAAAUUCUUCUAAUAAUUUAUUUAAUCUCACUCAUUUAUAUUGGCAAUUCAGACAUAUAUUAUACAUUUUAAAGUAGAAGACUUUAAAAUGAUAUUGCCAAUAUUUAUGAGUUGCGUUCCUGGGACGACUUACUGAAAGAUAGUUCAUUAAAAAAUAUUCUUUUGGGGGUUUUAACGGUUGUACGUUAAGGUGAUACAGUAGCGAUCAACAGAUAGCAAAAACGCGUUCCAAGAUUGCGGCUGUAAUUUUGAAUAUUUUUUCGAGAUAUUUGGCACACGUAUUCGUAAUAUAAUAAAGAAUGGCGGUACAGAGCCCAAUUUGAAAAAUAUAUUAAUUUGUGGAAAUUACUCUGUAAUUAAAUACAAUAUUAAAAAAACGAGCCUGUACCGCCAUUAAGAAGAACAAAAAAAAUACACUUUCUUCAAAUAAACUUUUUCAUCCGAUGCCUAGAUUUUGUGUCAUUUUGGAACUACUAAAAUUUUUUAUUUCAUUAGUAGUUCCAAAAUGACACAAAAUCUAGGCAUCGGAUAAAAAAGUUUAUAUAUUUUUCAAAUUGGGCUCUGUACCGCCAUUCUUUAUGAUAUUACGAAUACGUGUGCCAAAUAUCUGGAAAAGAUAUUCAAAAUUACAGCCGCAAUCUUGGAACGCGUUUUGACUACCUGUUGAUCGCUACUGUUUCCUCUUAACACAAUGGUACUAAACAACACUUAUAGUAUUUACUUUUAUUUUCCAUAGUAUAUACACACACACAAUAUUCAACACUAUCGCUUCAAAAGCUAAAUACGUUUAUAUGAGACAGGAGAAAUGUCAUUACAAAAUAUUACAAUAUUAUGACAUCACAAGUGUACGCUCGCUUUUUCGAUCGUUUGAAAUGUUUUAAAUUUGUACUUCAAUGGCCGGUUUCACCAACGACAAAUAGUAGUUUAUUCUAUGAACAUUUCUCCAUUUUACUAACGUCAAAUAAGACUUAUUUUAUUUAUUUAUCUAAUAAAUAUUUACUCUUCGAAUAAAUUGGCAAGUUAAUCUCGCUGUAAAUAUCUAUAAGAAAGUAAAUUCGCCAGUUUAACUUUAAAUUAUCAAAAUUAUAUUGAAACAAAAUAUAAAUAUAAACGUCUAAUAAAUUUUAUUCGACGAAAAGCUAUCCAUUGAUUUAUUUGUUGUUGGUGAAAUCGGACCUAAGUUAUUAAGAGUUUUUUAGGCGUAAAAUUUUGGAAAUCUUAUUUUUAAACGAAAUUGAACAUUAUUAUGUAAUAAAACAAAAAUGUGUAAGUUCCCUAUGACAAUCUUUUGUAGAAGAAAAAUUAAAUAUGGAGCAAAAGACAACUUUACUGAAUAUAUGUGUUCUAAUUUGUUUCUUUUAACCAUUUGUUUAAUCAAUUUUGUUUUUUUAUAAAGGGGAAUAGGCCUGGAUCCCGCGUACCAAAAAAGUUGAUUAAUAGCAAGCUGAAAAUUUGUUAUUAGCUUAAGGGUGUCUACUCGGACAAACUUUGUUGUACGAGAACACUGGCACAGGGGAAGUUUUAUUUGUAGAAGAGGUUAAAAAUUUGGAACGACAGACUACGAAAACGUUCCAUGUAUUUUGUCGGACAGAACUUCCAAUUGAUUUGUUACCAUUUCAUUAAACACUCAUGCAAAAAUCAGACUGGUAUUUAUCACCAACUGGGCAUUUUAAUAAGUGGAACACCUAGAACAUGUCAAAUGACAGGAAUUAUGUUGGUGAUAAAUAAUAGCAGUUUGAUUUUUGCAUAAGAGUUUAAAUAAAGGGUAACAAAUCAAUUGUAAGUUCUGUCCGACAAAAUACACUGGCCGUUUUCGUAGUCUGAGGCUGCAAAUUUUUAACCCGUUCCACAAUUAAAACUUCCCCUGUUCCAGUGUUCCCGUACAUCAAAGUUUGUCCGACUAGACACUGUUAAGCUAUUAACAAAUUUUCAGCUUGCUAUUAAUCAACUUUUUUUUGUUACGCGGGAUCCAGGCCUAGAAAUCAAAAAUGUUUUUGUAGAUAGUAUGUUUUCUGAUCAAUUUGGUUAAACACGACUCUUGUGACCAGCUAGAUAUUUUCCUGCACUAGUCUAUGGCCAAGUUCGACUAGAAAUAACAAAAUUUUAUUAUAAUGUAUUUUUUUUGGUUCCAUGACAUCUCGUAACGCGACAGUUUGUAACCCGACAAAUGGUAACGGACUAUUCGUAACGCCAUCAUAUCGUAACGGCGAGAGUUUGUAACUACAUAUACAAUUCGUAACGGUAUAAUUCGUAACGACAACCUUUAAUUUUUUUAGAAAGUUUAGUAUUACUGAAUUUAUACAAAGAUGCAUUUUGCAUACAUUCCUAAACUAGAAGUAAUGGUACUUUAUUUGAGACCACUUGAUAAUAUGACAACUAAAGAAUUUUUAAAAAUUUUGGUCUUGAAUUAUCACUUUAAAAUAGUAAAACUAAGUGAAAAAUAAAACAAAUAAAAACAGUUUAAUAGUAAUGUAUUUACUAUAAUAAGUAAUACAAUUUACAUUACUAUAUUAAAUUUACAAUCAAGAUUCAGUAGAAUUUAACAAACCAUGACACACUAAAUGCUACUAGGAGCACUCCCGAGUCAUAAUUUACAAUGUAUAUACAUUGUAAAUCCCAAAUCAUGGUUUCCAAAGUUUAUACAUUGUAAAUUAUUAUUCGGGAGUGCUCCUAGUAUCAUUUAAUGUUUCUUGGUUUGUUUACUUAUACUGCAUCUUGAAUGUAAAUUUAGUAUAGCUUAUAUUUAUUUUAAAACAUAAUUUUAAAAAUUUAUUUAUCCACGAAAUACGAAAUGUGUCAAAAAUUUUGAUCCUGAUGCUGGUUUGUUAAAUUUAUAAACGUAUGUCGCGUUGGAAGGGGAGCCGUGUCGAGUUGUCGUGUUGGAUCCUCAACGGGACGAAAGGGGGAGCCAACUAUUGGACCUUAGGAAAACACUGAUUCUAACUUAUAACUUUAUUUACAGGUUGAAACGUCCAUCAACGUAAGGUUACUAAGAUGUUGUUUCGAGAGGUAGUCUUUCAGACACCCAUCUCGCACGACUGCUAACUAGCAUAGUAACGAUCUUAAUCUUAACAUGAAUAAUAAUGAUACUAUAAUGCUUAUCUUAAUCCCUCUGUGGGCUUUUUAUAUCUUCUUAUAAUUUGGACUUUGAAAGUAAACGAUACGUGAAUAUCCGCGAGGUUACACAAACAAACUCCGUCAAUCAACCUUCGUUUUGUUUGUAAUUGUAGAGACAACAUCUUUUGUAACGACCUAAUUAUACUUAAAUUAUAGAUACAUAUUAUAUUAUACAGUAAGGCUUUUUUCCCUUACUGUACACGUAAUUUCAAUUGUAACUAAUAAAAGUUGGUUUCCACGUUAACAAAAAUAAACAGAAUAAUUCAGUUUAGACGUUACCAAUUGUCCGUUACGAAUUUGUAUAGUUACGAACUGUCGCCGUUACGAAUUGUGGGGUUACGAACUGUCGCGUUACGAGAUGUCCUGUCACGAUUUUUUUUGAUACCUGAAAUUAUGACACCGAAUUAUCGUGGGACUAGCUUGUUAACAAUAAUUUAUUUGCAGUAAUGAUUCGGCUUAUUUAUGGUAUUUUUCUAUUCUUACUUUAACCGUUCUAAAAUGUGAUCUUUUUAUAGUCUGGUAUAUAUUUUGUUUGGUCUUUAUUUAAGGCUUAAUUUGUUAUACCGUGUUAUUUGCGUCCAUAAUAUUAAUUAGGCCAAUAAAUUGUAAAUAUUAUUAAA